GGAUUGGUCAAGGAGUGAUAGCAACAUACAUGGCGCACCUACAUGAAAUUAUUAGUCAAAGGGAUGAGUUGGAUACAUUCGCUUUUAUUGAUCCAGCAGCCACAUAUAAAUGUGAAAGACCAGGAUUUCAUCCCUACUUGGUGGACCGGUUGAAAGAGGGGAAGGCUGACCGUAUAUUUUGUAUGCCAUAUAAUCCGGGGGAACAUUGGAUAUUGACAAUUAUUUGGGAGGAUGAAAUCUACAUUUUGGACCCUUUGCCUAAACCAGUCAAUUACCAAUCAUGGGAGAACAUAGUGAUAAAUGCGGUUAAAGCUUUCAAUGCUGAAACGGGUAGGGUUAACAAAGUGCCCAAGGUGAAAUUACUUCCGGGCGUACCUAAACAACCGGGUGGAGUUAAUUGUGGCUAUUAUGUGAUGCGAUAUAUGAAAGAUAUUAUAAAUGAUGACACUCUUUCAUUUUCAACCAAGUGGGCGGCAAAGAGUCGGAACUUAUAUACCCAAGACCAACUUGAUGAGGUGCGCAUUGAAGCGGCUGACUACUUGCAGACUUUGCUAUAGCUAGAUCUUGACAAGCAAUAUGAUUUUGAGUAAGGCUAGAUUUUGCUGACCAUUUUGUAGUAGAUGUAGUAAUAUUAGGAUGA